AUUUUAUGUAGUAAUAAGACUAAUUCUCAUAAUCUGAUGUAAGAUAGAGGUAAAAGUCUUGUACAGUAGACAAAUUAUCAGAAAAUGAUGUAAUUUUGUUUUUUCUAAUUAAUCAGCUCAAAGAUUUCAACUUAGAUGAUAUUAAUUUCAAUAAAAAGAGAGUAUCUUUGGCAGUUAUUUGUCAAUAGAAUUAAAAUGAUGAAUCUUUAGUUAAAUAUUAGAAAUCAAUUUUGGAAAAUGUAGAUGAACUUAAAGAUGAAGGUUGAUAAUUAUGAAAAUUAAUUUUUAGCUCCUGAAGUAGAGUUUUUUUUGAUGGAAAUACACUUUCCUUAAUAUCCAGAGAGAUCUAUUGCAUUAGAUUUACAAUUUGGAAUAAAAGAAAAUGAGAAAUCUCCUUUGAAGAUUAAAGAAGGGGAAGAAUAUUAUAUUAGUUUGCAUUUUAAGGUGAAAAAUGAUUGUGUUGUUGGUUUAAAGUUAUAUAAUACAAUUAAAAGACAUGGAAUAAAAGGUGUCAAUAUCUACAUAUGAUUUUAGUUGAUUCAUAUGAGGAGAUGGUGGGCUCAUUUGCACCUAAAAAACAUAUAUAAAUAUAUAAUAUGGAAUCCUAAAUUGCUCCAUCAGGAUUUUUAUCAAGAGGAAAUUAUAAGGGAAAAUUGUUGUUUGUUGAUGGGGAUGGCAUUGUACAUAUGCAAUUUGAAUAUUAUUUUGAAAUUACAAAAGAUUGGUGA